CACCAUCACCUAUAACGUCAGGACAAACCACAUCAGGUGCCUCAACAUCAGGAGCAUCAACAUCAUCAGGAGCCACAUCACCAUUUCCCAUGUCAGCACAAACCACCUCAGGUGCCUCAACAUCAGGAGCAUUAACAUCAUCAGGAGCCACAUCACCAUCACCCAUAACGUCAGGACAAACCACAUCUGGUGCCUCAACAUCAGUAGCAUCAACAUCAUCAGGAGCCACAUCUCCAUCACCCAUAACGUCAGGACAAACCACCGCAGGUGCCUCGACAUCAGUAGCAUCAACAUCAUCAGGAACAACAUCACCAUCACACACAACAUCAGCACAAACCACCUCAGGUGCCUCAACAUCAGUAGCAUCAACAUCAUCAGGAGCAACAUCACCAUCUCCCAUAACGUCAGCACAAAACACAUCAGGUGCCGCAACGUCAGUUGCACCAACAUCAUUAGGAACAACAUCUGCAUCACCCAUAACUUCAGGACAAACCACCUCAGGUGCCUCAACAUCAGUAGCAUCAACAUCAUCAGGAGCUACAUCACCGUCUCCCAUAACGUCAGCACAAACCACAUCAGGUGCCUCAACAUCAGUUGUACUAGCAUCAUCAGGAGCAACAACACCAUCACCCAUAACGUCAGCACAAACCACAUCAGGUGCCUCAACAUCAGUAGCAUCAAAAUCAUUAGGAUCCACAUCGCCAUCAACCACAACAUCAGCACAAACUACCUCAGGUGCCUCAACAUCAGUAGCAUCAACAUCAUCAGGAGCUACAUCACCAUCACCCAUAACGUCAGCACAAACCACAUCAGGUGCCUCAACAUCAGUUGUACUAGCAUCAUCAGGAGCAACAUCUGCAUCACCCAUAACGUCAGGACAAACCACAUCAGGUGCCUCGACAUCAGUAGCAUCAACAUCAUCAGGAGCCACAUCACCAUUUCCCAUUACGUCAGCACGAACCACCUCAGGUGCCUCAACAUCAGGAGCAUCAACAUCAUCAGGAGCCACAUCACCAUCACCCAUAACAUCAGGACAAACCACCUCAGGUGCCUCGACAUCAAAAGCAUCAAUAUCAUCAGGAACAACAUCACCAUCACCCACAACAUCAGCACAAACCACCUCAGGUGCCUCAACAUCAGUAGCAUCAACAUCAUCAGGAGCUACAUCACCAUCACCCAUAACGUCAGCACAAACCACAUCAGGUGCCUCAACAUCAGUUGUACUACCAUCAUCAGGAGCAACAUCACCAUCACCCAUAACGUCAGGACAAACCACAUCAGGUGCCUCGACAUCAGUAGCACAAGCAUCAUCAGGAGCAACAACACCAUCACUCAUAUUGUCAGCACAAACCACAUCAGGUGCCUCGACAUCAGUAGCAUCAACAUCAUCAGGAGCCACAUCACCAUUUCCCAUAACGUCAGCACAAACCACCUCAGGUGCCUCAACAUCAGUAGUAUCAACAUUAUCAGGAACCACAUCUCCAUCACCCGUAACGUCAGCACAAACCACCUCAGGGACCUCAACAUCAGGAGCAUCAACAUCAUCAGGAGCCACAUCACCAUCACCCAUAACGUCAGGACAACCCACAUCAGGUGCCUCAACAUCAGUAGCAUCAACAUCAUCAGGAGCUACAUAUCCAUCACCCAUAACGUCAGGACAAACUACCUCAGGUGCCUCGACAUCAGGAGCAUCAACAUCAUCAGAAGCCACAUCACCAUUUCCCAUAACGUCAGCACUAACCUCCUCAGGUGCCUCAACAUCAGGAGCAUCAACAUCAUCAGCAGCUACAUCACCAUCACCCAUAACGUCAGGACAAACCACAUCACGUGCCUCAACAUCAGUAGCAUCAACAUCAUCAGGAGCUACAACACCAUCACCCAUAACGUCAGCACAAACCACAUCAGGUGCCUCAACAUCAGUUGUACUAGCAUCAUCAGGAGCAACAACACCAUCUCCCAUAACGUCAGGACAAACCACCUUAGGUGCCUCAACAUCAGUAGCAUCAACAUCAUCAGGAGCCACAUCACCAUUUCCCAUAACGUCAGCACUAACCACCUCAGGUUCCUCAACAUCAGGAGCAUCAACAUCAUCAGCAGCUACAUCACCAUCACCCAUAACGUCAGGACAAACCACAUCAGGUGCCUCAACAUCAGUAGCAUCAACAUCAUCAGGAGCUACAUCACCA